GGUAGUGGAAUUCGUUUUUAGUACACGUCAAAGUAGAUGCCCUAACGUAUAGAUCAUCAUUAUCACUUAAUUAAAUAAUACAGUUUCUAUCUUUGUCAUAGCAAAUAUAUUAAACUUAUUUAUUGUGAAUUAAAUAUUACAUACUUUAACAGAGUGAUAUCAAUAAUAUUCAUUAUACUGUUUCACGUGAAUAUGAAAUGGCAAAAAUCGUAGCAUGUGCAUCAUUACUUUAUUUAUGCAUAAUUUGUAAUAUAUUAGAUGCCAAUGAGCAACAUGAUAAUGAUAUUAAAGAUACAAAUACAAAAUCAACAUACCAAAGUCCGGAACCAUCUGGAUUUGCUUACUUAGCAGAACAUUUUGAUGAUAGAGAAAGAUUUGAUACUACUUGGGUAUUAUCAGAAGCUAAAAAAGAUAAUAUUGAUGAAGAUAUCGCAAAAUAUGAUGGAAUCUGGACUAUAGAAGAGCCUAAAAGACCUAUACAAGAUGGUGAUUUAGGUUUAAUAUUAAAAAGCAAGGCUAGGCAUGCUGCUAUUUCUACUUUAUUAAAUACUCCUUUUCAUUUCAAAGAUAAACCAUUGAUUGUACAGUAUGAAGUUAAUUUUCAAGAUGGUCAGGAAUGUGGUGGUGCAUAUCUCAAAUUAUUAACAUUAGAUUCAAAACACACAGAAUUAAAGAAUUUUCAUGAUAAAACACCAUAUACUAUUAUGUUUGGACCUGAUAAGUGUGGGAAUGAUCAUAAGCUACAUUUUAUUUUCCGCCAUAAAAAUCCUUUGAAUGGUACAAUAGAAGAAAAGCAUUGUAAAAAACCAAAGGAGAGAUUGGAGGAUUUCUUCAAAGAUAAACAACCACAUUUAUAUACUUUGAUAGUUCGUCCUGAUAACACAUUUGAAAUAAAAGUUGACAAUAAAAUUGUAAAUACAGGAUCGUUAUUAGACGAUUUCACUCCUCCUGUUAAUCCACCUUUAGAAAUAGAAGAUCCAAAUGAUAAACAACCUGAUGAUUGGGAUGAUAGAGAAAAGAUCUCUGACCCAUCAGCGAUAAAACCUGAUGACUGGGAUGAAGAUGCUCCAGCCCAGAUUGUAGACGAAGAAGAUGUUAUGCCAGAAGGAUGGUUGGAAGAUGAGCCACCUAUGAUACCAAAUCCUGAUUCUGUAAAACCUGAUGAUUGGGAUAUUGAUAUGGAUGGAGAAUGGGCACCUCCUGAAAUACCCAAUCCAAAAUGCUCAGAUGCUCCAGGUUGUGGCCCUUAUAAGCAAAAAAUGAAGAAGAAUCCACGUUAUAAAGGAAAAUGGUUACCUCCAUUGAUUAAUAAUCCUAAUUACAGUGGAAAAUGGAAACCUAAACUAAUUCAUAAUCCUAAUUACUUCAAUGAUGAACAUCCAUUUUUGAUGUCAUCUAUUUCUGCUAUUGGAUUUGAACUUUGGUCCAUGUCUCCUGAUAUUAUUUUUGACAAUAUUCUUAUUACUGAUAAUGAAGAUGUUGCAAAAAAAUGGUCCGAUGAAACGUUUGAAGUGAGACGGGUUAAAAUUGCUGAAGAAAGUGAAACAUUGUGGGGACGUAUGAUGCGUUCUAUGAACUACAAACCUGGCUGGUGGGCUCUUUAUUUUUGUUACUGUAUGAUACCAAUCAUAAUAUAUGUUUGGUAUUUAAUAAAACGUUCACGUGAGGAAAAAAAUGAUGAAAAAGAAGAGGACAAGCAAUGUUUAGAUAUAAAUAAAGAUUUAUUAGAUAAUGAAGAAGAGGAAGAAACUCAGGAGGCAGCUGUAGAAGAAAAUAAAGAAAUUGAAAAUACAAGUGAAACAGAGGAGAUAAUAGAAUCUAAAACGGAUAAAUCUAAUGGUGAUGAUGGUCCAAGACGAAGAAAACCAAAUAAAGAAUGAUAAGCAUCAAAAUAAAUAUAAGAAAAAAUUUAUUGUUAAAGUGUUCGUCAUACUUUCACAUUCCACAUUAUGCUUGUCAUUGUGGAUAGUAGUAUUAUCAAUCACUAAAUAUGCGAUGUUUUCAUUAGCAAUUUGUUCCUCGUUUAGAAAUAUGCGUGCUUCGAUUUUAAGUAUAAUUUAUCAUUA